AUAAUUAUAGAAAAUUUGAUUGUUGUCAAGUUCGGAGAAUUGUCGUCAGUACCAGCAGUCUUCAGUAGUGACAGGAAUCGACACACAGCAGAGCGAAAACGACCUCAAAACUAAACAAGUUUUUUCCUGUGGCUGACUACAUAUAAUGGAAGAUGUGAGACACUGUUCAGCAUCCCCUGCCUUGUCCGAUGUGUCUUCUCGUAACUCCUCGGACUCCAGUGAACCCUUGACCAAGCGACUGUGCCUUUCGGCGCCCGUAUCAAAGGCCAUGGACUCUAACAUAACAUUGUGGCAGUUUCUGUUGGAGCUUCUUGUCAGUAAUCAACACAAUCACAUCAUCCGCUGGACAAACAAUGAUGGCGAGUUCAAGCUGCUUAACGCAGAGGAGGUGGCCCGUUUGUGGGGUCUCCGAAAAAAUAAACAUAGCAUGAACUACGACAAGCUCAGCCGAGCUCUCCGCUACUACUAUGACAAAAACAUUAUCAAAAAGGUCAUGGGACAAAAAUUUGUCUACAAAUUUGUGUCUUUCCCAGAAAUUGUUAAAACAGAAAACAAAAUACCAUUCAAGGUCAAAAUGGAAACAUUGGCUCAGGAGUAUGGACAAAGAGUACUGCCACACUUUGCUUCUUACAACUCAGUCGACUUAAAAUCGUCAGCAAAUAUGGCGACUUCUACUACAAAAGCGACAUGUAUUAGUCGUUUACAAACAGAAGUGACAUCAGCAGACAGCACCACUCCAAGUCCAGUGACGGUAGUGGCAACGUCUGUAAAAGAGGAAAAGGACACGGAAUCCUACAGUUCUGUUAAAAGCAGUUUCACGCCAUCUUUGAAAUCACGUGACCCCUCUCCCUCAUCAUCAUCCCAUUCAGCAUCAUCGACAUCCUUUUCGUCAUCCACCAGUACAUCCGGUGUGGUAUCCAAACCCAAGCCAAACCCCCUUACUCUAAGCAUCACAGAUGGAUCAUCUACAUCUCUUACUAGUGCUAUUACAGGACUUCCUAUCCCCAGCCCCAAAAUCGGACAGACAAGCUACCCCACGCCUAUAGUACUUGCCAGUCCCGUGGGGAUGGGACCCCGCACCCCAUUCCUACAUUUCUGGAGCUCACUAAGUCCUAUUGCGACAAUGAGUCCGCGAAUUGGUGCCAACUCUGCGUUCCAGUUUCCAUCCUUUGCCAAUAGUCACAUGACUCUGUCUCCAAUGGCAAUCCCGUCGAACUUUUCCAAUGUAGAAUCUCUAGCCACACCGGCUUGUGUGUUAUGACCAUUACAGAAAAAUGAUCGCUAGUGGAACUAAGAUCUGGUGCUAGGCUAAAACGGAAACACGUAAACUUGAGGACGUGAAUUCAUUAACAAGGGUGUUCGGAACCCGUUACCGAUGACUCAAAUGCCCAUUAGGAAGGGGUUAGAGCCCAAAUAAGGAGAAGUCGUAUACCCCACAAAAAGGGAUCAAAGACCCAUUAUGAUGGGCCAUGGACUCCUGAAAAAUGGCGAGGACCCGUGAAAAAGUGACCAGAAAUCCGUCAAAGAGAGGCCAGGAAGGAAUCCCCGAAUUGGUUUAUAAGACCUCGAGAAGGGGAACAAGGACAUAUUAGCAAGUGUCUGACAUUCAUUAACAAGGAUGUUCGUCUAUUUGAUAUCAGGUUUCUCGUUUCACUUCCUACUUAAAACGAUAUGAUGUGAUGUGAAAUGAGGGAUACGAUUUUAAUUAGAUUGCAAAAAUGGGGAUCCACAACAUUAUAGUUUGACCCUUGCAGCUAUUAUUUCCCUUCAGUUACCUCUAUGAAUAUAUUCUCAUCCAUAUUUUGAACAAGUUAUCUGUUGCUUGAAGUCGAUGGUUCCAACUUAAUUUCUAAAUAGAAAUCCGUGUUAUUAUAAAGGACGCGCGUCACUACUUGUGUAUGAUGCAACCAAGUCCUUAACUUUUGUUUGACUUCUAGAAUAUCAUUCUACAAGGAGACGAUUUAAAUGUCAUAUUAGUUUGAUAUGUGUCCCGUAAUAUGAACAGGGUUCUGUAUAAUAAUCUGACCCGGACACUUGAGAUUCCGGAUACUUGCGGUAUCGUUUUAUUAUAUGUUAAAAAGUUCUCGUAAUUUAAAUGAUUACCAGACAUGCAUUUGUAAUAAGGGAACAAGUGUUUUGUUGAUAUUUGAUAUGUGAUACCGGUUAAUAUUGUUUUGUUUAUUUCUCAUGCUGUUGAGAAUGAUUGUCCUUCAAGUUGGGAGGGAGAUGUAAUGUCAGUUAGACUAUAGAGUUUUAUUGAAUAUGUCUUUUUUUAAGAUUCCAUUGUUUUAUUUUGAUAGUAGAAUGGUUUUUCAAUAAUCUUUUUAUGCGUUCGGUUUUCUAUAAAUUUAUUUUCCGUAAAAGAAACUACAAAGCUCUCUCUUUUUUCCAUAACAAGAAUUUGUGUUUGAACAAUUAGUCAAUUCUGAGGGGAAAAAAAAUCAUGCGAACGUUAUGAUUAGGUUCGAGAGUUUAAUUCUCACAAUUUCUUCAUUACGUUAGAUAUAUUGAAUUUGUUUUGUGACUGUAUUACCCAUGCCCAACAGUCCUCUCCUUUGACGGUCAUUAAUAUAUACAAAUACUUUUUUGUCGUAAAAUAUUCAGGGGGAACAGAUUUUGACCAUCUCAGAAUGUUUUGUCUAUGUUUGUUUUCGUCACAGGGGAUUGGUACGAACAUUUCGGCUUUAACGUGCAUUACAGUAAAAUGUACACGUACUGCCUUUUUAUGAAUAUAUUAGUUGACGAGUCUGAUUGUAUAGAACUCGUGCCAAGCCCCUGUGUUUAUUUUGUAGUUUUUAUCCUUUGAUAGUGCUUUGAAUGUGAUUUUUUUUUAUCUUUUUAAUUUAUAAUGCCAAGUUAUGUCGCUUUUAUAUAUACGUGACAUGAAAAAGACUAAGAAGCUCUGACGAGUGUCACCAAGUGGUGCGAAAAUCUGUCAAAAUAGUAUAUUUUAUAUUUCAUGUCAUUUUUAUGCAUUUUAAUAUUAUUAUUAAAUAACACAAAAUGAA